ACACGUAUUUAUCCACUCACCCCUUAUAAAAUCCCCCUUCUAAACCCCUUUUCAGCUCAAUGCUCAAUCCUCCCACCAGACGCCAUUUCCUCAUAAUCUUUUUCUCUCUCCUAAAUUCCCAGAUCCCCAAUUUAUCAUAUCAUCAAAAAAUGAGAUUCAUUUGAUACCAUAUCUAUUUUUUUCGUGGGAUUCUUGGUUUUCUGGGUAGUUUUUUGUGUUUCUUCUUAUUGCCUACCAACUGUUUGAUAAAAAGCCUCAAAGAAACAAUCACUUCCCAUACCCAGUUUAGAUUUUCAUCCACAAUUUGUAGAAGCUUUUUGAUUUAUUCUUUACUAUACUCAAAGUAGCUAGCUAAGUGGGGUGUUUUCAAGAUGAGUCUAGGAGCAGUUGAAGAGGAAUCUAGGCAAAUCCGUUUGCCAGCAGAUGUUGAUUGGCAUAUGCUUGACAAAUCGAGGUUCUUCUUUUUAGGAGCCGCCCUUUUCUCUGGUGUAUCGGCGGCUCUGUACCCCGCCGUCGUGUUAAAAACCCGACAGCAGGUUAAUGUUGCUCAGAUACCAUGUUCGAGGAUGGCCUUUCUUAUGUUCAAACAAGAAGGCCCUCGUUCAUUCUACAGAGGAUUUGGUACUUCUUUAAUGGGAACAAUCCCAGCAAGAGCCUUAUACAUGGCAGCUCUUGAGGUAACCAAGAGCAAUAUUGGGAAAGCAAGUGUCAGAGUUGGAUUCUCUGAAACAUCAUCAGCUACUAUAGCUAAUGCUGCAGCUGGUUUAAGUGCUUCCAUGGCAGCUCAACUUGUGUGGACCCCAGUUGAUGUUGUCAGCCAAAGGCUCAUGGUUCAAGGAAACUUCCCCAAUAGAGGGUUUUCAAGCUUACCCACAACAAAUUACUCAAAUGGGCUUGAUGCAUUUAGGAAGAUUAUGAGUGCAGAUGGGAUUAGAGGGUUAUACAGAGGAUUUGGGAUUUCCACUUUGACAUAUGCACCUUCAAGUGCUGUUUGGUGGGGUUCUUACUCUGUUUCUUACAGGUUAAUUUGGGAUGGAAUUAGUUGCUACAAAUGCAAAUGGAAGAAUGAUACUAAGAAUUGCGAAGAUGGUAAGAUUUUAGAGCCAAACCCUUUGUGUAUGGUGGGUGUUCAAGGGGUUAGUGCAGCAUUGGCUAGUGGGUUUUCAGCAUUGAUUACAAUGCCACUUGACACCAUUAAGACUAGAUUGCAAGUUUUGGAAGGGGACCGGAACGGCGGCGGUGGCCGCCCUACGGUGGCGCAGACGGUGAGGGAUUUGGUCAAGGAAGGAGGCUUUUCAGCUUGUUAUAGAGGGUUAGGUCCAAGGUGGGCUUCAAUGUCAAUGUCUGCUGCAACAAUGGUCACUACCUAUGAGUUGCUUAAGAGAUUAUCUACUAAACAUCAAGUUAACCAAAUCUAGGUUGAUUAGUUUAGGAUUAUCAAAGCUUUCCGAGUUUCGAGUAUUGUAAAUAUAUAUUAGUGUAAUGUACAUAUUUAGAGAUCCAACUUUUGGUUAAUUAAUAAGUAAACUCCUUGGUGUUAAUUUGAUUCCUAA